AUGGCAGGGUUCACUUUGUGGCUAGUGGCCUUACUUGUAUGUGCCGCCACACUGUUCUUCCUUCGUGGAACACUUUUCGGUGCAUCUGCGAAGGAGGAAGAACAAGUUGCCGAUGAUGAUGGUGGCUCAAACUUUGUUGAGCGCCUGGUGAGUCAGAAGAAGCGUCUUGUGAUCUUUUUCGGUUCCCAAACGGGCACCGCUGAGGAAUAUGCGAUCCGUAUUGCACGAGAGGCCAAAUCUCGCUACGGUACCUCGGCGCUAGUGUUGGACCCUGAAAAUGAAGAGAUGGAUAAGCUCGAUCUUGUUCCCGAGGAUUGUGUCGUUGUGUUUGUGAUGGCUACCUAUGGGGAGGGUGACCCUACGGACAAUGCUGUGAAUAUGAUGGAAUUCCUCAAGUCGCCGGACGUGGCGUUCACGAAUGGUGAGACGCUUGAAAACCUGCACUAUGUGGCACUGGGCCUGGGUAACAGAACGUAUGAGUACUUUAACGAGUCCAUCCGUCAGUUAGACAGGCGGCUGCAGGAGCUUGGUGCGCAUCGCAUUGGUGAACGUGGCGAGGGCGACGAUGAAAACAGCCUUGAGGAAGAUUAUCUGGCCUGGAAGGACCCGAUGUUCGAGAAGCUGGCAGAGUACCUUCAUUUGGAGGAAGGUGCCGCAGGCGAGGUGAGCGACUUUCAAGUUACUGAACUGGACGAUGUGCCCGACAAGUUGUUCCACGGUGAAUACCACAACCGCAGCCUCAUUGGCGUCAAGGGCAACCACGAUGCACGCAACCCAUAUGCUGCGACUGUGGCUAAGACGUAUGAGCUGUUCGUGGAAGGCGUGGCAUCACGUACCUGUGUGCAUAUGGAGUUUGAUCUCUCGGAUUCGGGCAUGACGUACCAGCAUGGUGACCAUCUUGGUGUGUGGCCGACGAACCCUGAGUCGCAGGUUGAACGUUUCCUUGCGGUGCUGGGUCUUUCGGAGAAAAGGGAUCAGGCCAUUCAUAUCAAGUCGCUAGACCCUACGCUCGCUAAAGUGCCCUUCCCUGUUCCAACAACGUAUGAGGCAAUUAUGCGCUACUACCUUGAUAUUAAUGCACACGCGAGUCGCCAGGCGAUCGCCUCGUUUGCGCCGUAUGCGCCGAAUGAAGCGGCUCGUAUCGAGAUGGUGCGUCUGGGUAAAGACCGGGAUUACUUCCGUCAAAAGGUGACAGAUCAUGGCUACAAGCUGGGGCAAGUGCUUCAACUUGUCGCUGGCGACUCGUUGGCAGACGAAGACAUCCCUAAGACGACUCCUUGGCCGAUUCCCUUCGAUCGUGUAAUCUCUUCGAUCCCUCGUCUUUCGCCCCGCUACUAUUCGAUCUCGAGCAGCCCGAAGCUGUCACCCGACCGCGUUCACAUCACUGUGGUAGCAUUGCGCUACGGACUGUCAGAAGGCUCGUCCGAUGUGUUUGGUCUUGCGUCGAACUUUGUGAGCUCUGUCAAAAUGUCCAUGCACAAUGAGGUGCCUGCACUGGGUGACCCUCGCUACGGCACACCGGCAUACAAUCUGGAGGGUCCGAAGGGUAAGUAUGUUUCUUCGAAUGAGGACGGCGGCAAGGUUCACAAGGUGCCGAUCCACAUUCGCCGUUCUUCGUUCCGCCUGCCAACAUCCACCAAAGUCCCGAUCAUCAUGGUGGGUCCUGGUACGGGUGUAGCACCUUUCCGCUCCUUUAUCCAGGAGCGUGUGGCAACUGCUCGCAAGGCCAAGGAUAAGCUUGGAGAAAAUGCACUGCAAGAUUGGGCUGACUUGCGUCUGUACUAUGGCUGCCGUCGCCGCCAAGAAGACUUUCUGUAUUCGGACGAGUGGCCGGAGUAUGCAAAAGAGUUGGACGACAAACUCAAACUGCGCGUUUCCUUCUCCCGUGAGGUGUUCAAGCCGGAUGGCUCAAAGCUCUAUGUUCAGGACCUUAUUUGGGAGGACCGGGAAACUCUUGCUGAUGCCAUUCUGAACAAACGUGCGUACGUUUAUAUCUGUGGUGAGGGCAAGAGCAUGUGCCACGAUGUUGAGGCUACCUUGUCGCGCAUCUUGGGUGAAGCCAAAGGUGGCGACGAGGAGCUGGGCCAUGCUGAAAUCAAGGCACUUAAAGAUCGCAAUCGCAUGAUGCUGGACGUCUGGUCAUAA